CCCACGUGAUUACUGAAAAUCUUGGGUUUUAAAAAUUAAAACAAACGAACCCUCUUAGAGCACUCGACGUUUCUGUCAUUUCUCAACCUUGCGUGCGACGGCAAAAACCUUCGACGCCUCGCAGCAGCUUGAGCUUGCCAGCUGCAGACAACCAAUCUGUCCAACGGCGACGAGAUUCUCGACGGUGUUCCCAAUUCCCUUUCCAGCAGCGCCUAGAAAAAGGUACUUAUGUUCAAUAUAUAUUUUCGAACUUCAAACAAGUGCAACUUUCACUUCAAGCUCACCCUUUUUAUUCGUUGCAUCCACGACAUUGCGCAUUAUUCAUCCAAUGUCGUAUCUAAUCAGCUUUUGAGUGAGUUAUCUAAAAAUGGUCGAGUUGAUGAAGCGCGUAAGUUGUUUGAUCAAAUGCCUUAUCGGGACAAGUACACAUGGAACAUUAUGAUUUCUGCUUAUGCCAAUUUAGGAAAUUUAGUUGAAGCUCGGAGGCUCUUCAGUGAAACUCCAAUUAAAAAUUCUAUCACUUGGUCUACCCUGGUAUCCGGAUAUUGCAAAAAUGGGUGUGAAGUUGAAGGCUUGAGGCUGUUCAGCCAAAUGUGGAGUGAUGGGCAGAAGCCAAGUCAAUACACGUUGGGCAGUGUUCUAAGAGCAUGUUCAACUUUGAGUUUGCUCCAUAGUGGCAAAAUGAUUCAUUGCUAUGCAAUAAAGAUCCAAUUAGAAGAGAAUAUAUUUGUUGCAACUGGUCUUGUUGACAUGUAUUCCAAGUGUAAGUGUCUUCUGGAGGCUGAAUACCUCUUCUUUUCGCUGCCUGAUAGGAAGAACUAUGUUCAAUGGACUGCUAUGCUCACUGGAUAUGCUCAAAAUGGAGAGAGUUUGAAGGCAAUUCAGUGUUUUAAGGAGAUGAGAAUUCAGGGAAUGGAGUCUAACCAUUUCACAUUUCCCAGCAUAUUGACAGCAUGUACAUCAAUUUCAGCUUAUGCUUUUGGUCGUCAAGUACAUGGAUGUAUUAUUUGGAGUGGCUUUGGUCCUAAUGUAUAUGUUCAAAGUGCAUUAGUUGAUAUGUACGCCAAAUGUGGAGACUUGGCUAGUGCGAGAGUGAUAUUGAAUACCAUGGAAAUUGAUGAUGUUGUGUGUUGGAACUCGAUGAUUGUUGGGUGUGUUACACAUGGAUAUAUGGAGGAAGCUCUAGUUUUGUUCCAUAAGAUGCAUAAUCGGGAUAUAAGAAUUGAUGAUUUCACUUAUCCGUCUGCUUUGAAAUCUCUGGCUUCUAGUAAGAACCUGAAAAUUGGACAAUCAGUUCAUUCUCUGAUUAUUAAAACUGGUUUUGAUGCUUGCAAAACGGUGAGCAAUGCACUUGUUGACAUGUAUGCUAAACAAGGAAACUUGAGUUGUGCAUUAGACGUUUUCAAUAGGAUAUUAGAUAAAGAUGUAAUAUCGUGGACCUCCUUGGUCACGGGAUAUGUUCACAAUGGCUUCCACGAAAAGGCUCUCAAGUUAUUUUGUGACAUGAGAAUCGCAAGGGUUGAUCUUGACCAAUUUGUAGUUGCCUGUGUUUUCAGUGCAUGUGCUGAACUAACAGUUAUAGAGUUUGGUCGACAGGUUCAUGCAAACUUUAUCAAAUCUAGUGUUGGUUCAUUGUUGUCUGCGGAAAACUCUCUCAUAACAAUGUACGCGAAAUGUGGAUGCUUAGAAGAUGCAAUUAGAGUCUUCGACUCGAUGGAAAUUCGAAAUGUCAUAUCAUGGACUGCCAUAAUAGUUGGUUAUGCACAGAAUGGGAGAGGGAAGGACUCUCUGCAUUUUUAUGAUCAAAUGAUAAUGAAUGGCAUAAAGCCAGACGAUGUUACUUUUAUUGGUUUAUUAUUUGCUUGCAGCCAUGCAGGUCUUGUGGAAACUGGUCAAUCUUACUUUGAAUCAAUGGAAAAAGUUUAUGGAAUAAAGCCAGCUUCUGAUCAUUAUGCUUGCAUGAUUGAUCUACUGGGACGUGCAGGAAAACUCAAUGAAGCAGAGCAUUUAUUGAACCGAAUGGACGUUGAACCCGAUGCUACCAUAUGGAAGUCAUUACUUUCUGCAUGUAGGGUUCAUGGAAAUUUAGAACUUGGAGAAAGGGCUGGAAGAAACCUCAUUAAAUUGGAACCUUCAAAUUCUUUGCCUUACGUUUUAUUGUCCAAUAUGUUUUCUGUUGCUGGUAGAUGGGAAGAUGCAGCCCAUAUUCGUAUAGCAAUGAAGACAAUGGGUAUUAACAAGGAGCCCGGAUAUAGUUGGAUUGAAGUGAAGAGCCAAGUGCAUAGAUUUAUAUCUGAAGAUAGAAGCCAUCCUUUGGCGGCUGAAAUAUAUUCAAAGAUUGAUGAAAUGAUGAUAUUAAUAAAGGAAGCUGGACAUGUUCCAGAUAUGAACUUUGCAUUACGUGACAUGGAUGAAGAGGCUAAAGAACGUAGUCUAGCAUAUCAUAGUGAGAAGUUGGCUGUUGCAUUUGGUCUUCUCACAGUUGCGAAAGGAGCACCAAUUCGAAUUUUCAAGAAUCUUAGAGUAUGUGGGGACUGCCACUCAGCAAUGAAAUAUAUAUCUAGCAUUUUUAAGCGGCAUAUUAUUUUGAGAGAUUUAAAUUGUUUCCAUCACUUUAUAGAGGGGAAAUGUUCUUGUGGAGACUUCUGGUAGGUAGGGCGUUCAGCUUCUUGAUUUACGUAUCUUUAUUGAUCCACCUUGGAGAAUGAAACACCUAAUUCCUUGGAGUUAUUCUAUUGGCACAACCCAAGCAAGAUAAGAAUGGUGGUAGUCAUUCCUCAAUCAUGUCAAGAAUUAACUCUAUGUUCUUAUCGAAGAGUAACAGUUAUGUUUCUUGGCUCCCUUCAUUCUGUACUGGCUGAAGGAGAUACAGUUCCAUUCAAUCGACAAGGGCAUCGCUUGACCUUGUUCCAUUCGUUGUUUCCAAUUUAUAAGCUUCACAGACGUAUGAGAGUCGGAAAAAUGAACUCCCAAAACUAUGUUAAUGCUUGCCAAAGGAAAUUAUCGUCAUGACUUCACUCCAACUCUCCUUUCUCUCAAUUCUUCACCUCAAAGCUCAAUCCUUACAUCUCUCCAGCCAGCUACCCUUUUCAGAUGAAGCCACAGCGACAGUUCUUGUUUUAGAUGCGAUCGGUCAGUCAAUUUUUCACUAGGUGUGGCAAGCUGCUCAAGGAGGAGGUUGAAAGUGAUGCCAAGAAGAUCUUCUCAGGCUUCUGAAGGCUUGAGAGAACUUUGCUAUUAUCAAUAAGCUUCUUCUGUACCGGAAUUGCGUGGAAAUCGUGUUGAAAACUUUGUCGGUGUCUGAUUUUGGGCCAAGGAACACUUACCAAGAGAGUGGAGAUCUUGCUUGAUGAAAUAUUGGCGGGGAAGCUUAAAUCAGGUCGUGGACCUUAAAAUUGAGUUUGGACUUAGAGUUUAGCAUCUUUCACGACAUUGCAAACGUAGCAAAAGAUAAUAAUUCAUCCGUAAGGAACAGAUUUUCGUGAGAAUAAGAAGAUUAUAGUUCCCCUAAUUGAAGAAGGUUAGUCCUUAAUGCUCUCUUGGAAUUAUCUUUGCUGUACACAAUGGAAUUAUUAGUUGAUGAAAUUAUCUUUGGGUGAGUAUGAUUUAAGUGAUUAGAAGGUGUUGGAUGCUUGACGGACUAAUAGGAAGGUCAUGAUCUUUUUGUGCUAACCUAUAACUUGAAAUUACUUGAAAACAUGUAAAGGAAGUAUCUGUAAUUAUCAUACAUAUUUUUACUAACUCAUGGUUUACAUAGUUCGAUGUGGCUAGGUAGCAGUCGUGGUACUAUUCUUUGGCAUGAACAGUGGUAACAAAAUGGAAAAUGAAUCAAAGGGCUCUCGUGUAAGAGAGUUCAUCAGGGAAAAAGUCCCAUACUGGGAUGACGAAGUGGUGGCUACAGCUCGAUUUAAGGCAUUUAGUUGGCAGAAUUCUGAUUAGGAACCCAAGUACUUAUUUUAGAGGGAUUUAAUACACACAGUUGCCCCUCAAUUCAACUUCCUUAUUAUAAAAACCUUAUGAAAUAAAGAAUCAAUGGUUUUCUCGAGGAGGGUUGACUCCAUUGUACCUUGAUUAUGUUUUGGUAUUUCUUUCAACUAAGAUGAUUGUUUUCUAUUUUUAAUUUA